AUGGCCAUGGACCAGUCCCUCAUCAAGCUGGUCAACAAGCUCCAGGAUGCCUUCAACAACGUCGGCAUCCAGAACCCCAUCGACCUGCCCCAGAUCACCGUCCUGGGAAGCCAGUCGUCGGGAAAGAGCAGUGUGCUCGAGAACAUCGUAGGACGCGACUUCCUUCCUCGAGGUACCGGCAUCGUCACCCGAAGGCCGCUCGUCCUCCAGCUCAUCAACCGCCCCGCAGCGCCAAAGGCGAACGGAGAAGCAGCCGCACCUGCAGAAGGGACCAACAACACCGACGAGUGGGGCGAGUUCCUCCAUCUCCCCGGCGAAAAGUUCCACGACUUCAACAAGAUCCGCGAAGAGAUUGUGCGCGACACGGAGCUCAAGACGGGAAAGAAUGCCGGCAUCAGCCCGCAGCCCAUCAACCUGCGCAUCUACAGCCCCAAUGUGCUCACGCUGACGCUCGUCGACCUGCCCGGCCUGACAAAGGUGCCCGUCGGCGACCAGCCGCGCGACAUUGAGCGUCAGAUCCGCGACAUGGUGCUCAAGUUCAUCUCCAAGCCCAACGCCGUCAUCCUCGCCGUGACGGCGGCCAACACGGACCUGGCCAACUCGGACGGCCUCAAGCUGGCGCGCGAGGUCGACCCCGAGGGCACCCGCACCGUCGGCGUGCUCACCAAGGUCGACCUGAUGGACGCCGGCACCGACGUCGUCGACAUCCUCGCCGGCCGCGUCAUCCCGCUGCGGCUCGGCUACGUGCCCGUCGUCAACCGCGGCCAGAGGGACAUCGACCAGAAGAAGCUCGUCAGCGCCGCGCUGGCGGCGGAAAAGGACUUUUUCGAGAACCACCCGAGCUACCGCAGCAAGGCGCAGUACUGCGGCACGCCGUUCCUGGCGCGCAAGCUCAACACGAUCCUGAUGCACCACAUCCGCAACACGCUGCCAGACAUCAAGAACAAGAUCGGCACCCAGCUCGCCAAGUUCCAGGCCGAGCUCGCCUCGCUCGGCGGGCCCAUGGGCGAGAACAACUCGGCCAGCGUCGUCCUCCAGAUCAUCACCGAGUUUUGCAACGAGUUCCGCACCGUCAUUGACGGCAACUCCAACGACCUCAGCAUCAACGAGCUCGCCGGCGGCGCGCGCAUCUCGUUUGUCUUCCACGAGCUCUACAGCAACGGCGUCAAGGCCAUCGACCCGUUCGACAUGGUCAAGGACUCGGACAUCCGCACCAUCCUCUACAACUCGUCGGGCUCCUCGCCGGCCCUGUUUGUCGGCACGACGGCGUUUGAGGUGAUUGUCAAGCAGCAGAUCAAGCGGCUCGAGGACCCCUCGAUCAAGUGCUGCUCGCUCGUCUACGACGAGCUGGUCCGCAUCCUCGCACAGCUGCUCAACAAGAACCAGUCGUUCCGGCGCUUCCCGCAGCUGCGCGAGCGCUUCAACCAGGUCGUCAUCCACUUCUUCAAGAAGUGCAUGGGCCCCACGACCAAGCUGGUGACCGACUUUGUGGCCGCCGAGGCCACCUACCUCAACACGGGCCACCCGGACUUUAUCAGCGGCCACCGCGCCAUGGAGCUUGUCAACGAGCGCCUCAACCCGACCGUCCAGCCGGCCCACGACCCCAAGAAGCCCAACCCGCACGCCGUCAACAACGACAAGGACCUCGACGUCACGCUCAAGAACGAAGGCGGCUUCUUUGGCAGCUUCUUCCAGGGCAAGCAGGCGACGCAGGCGACGCGCCAGAAGAAGGCGGCCAUGGAGGCACCGCCGCCGUCGCUCAAGGCGUCGGGCCAGUUCAGCCAGCGCGAGCAGCUCGAGACCGAGGUCGUCAAGCUGCUGAUUAACAGCUACUUCAACGUCGUCAAGGUCGAGACCAUCUCGAUGGUGCCCAAGUGCAUCAUGCUCAACCUCGUCACCCACGCAAAGGACUCGCUGCAGCGCGAGCUGCUCCAGGAACUCUACCGGCCCGAGGUUCUCGACGACCUGAUGAAGGAGUCGGACCACGUCGUCACACGCAGGAGGGAGUGCGUCAAGAUGAUCUCUGCGCUCGAGACGGCAUCCGAGAUCAUCGCCACGGUCUAG